AUCUUUAUAGUCCAUGAUAUGAUGAAAAGCUUUGAGGCUAUGCGUCCGUAGAACAAAAGUUCAGUUUCUCACGAAUUUGCAAUCGAAGCAGUUCGAGUUCUUAAUGAUAUUAUCAUGGCCGAGAAGAUUGAUAAAGAGAUUGCCCUUGACGAAGAAGUCGUGGAGUCUGCAUCGCUGAAGGGAGGACCUGAAGACAGGCGGAGAUUAUCUUGGUACUACGCUCCCUCCUUUCUGCUUUUCUGGUUGGCUCUAUUCUUUGCCAUCGUGAUUCCGCUCUUCAACAGACUUCCAGAUAGGAUAACCAUCGCAGAGGAGCCAGCGAGGUUAGGAGAAUUCGUGGCGGAACGGGCAGAAAGACUGCUGUAUGAAUUUGAACGGAUUGGACCCAAAGUUGUGGGCAGCCAAGCGAAUGAGGUGGAAACGGUUGCCUUUCUUUUAAAUGAAGUAGAAAAGAUUAGAAAGGAAUUGCGCAACGAUCUUUAUGAGCUCGAUAUUGACGUCCAGUUAUCCACUGGUGGAUUUUUGUUUAGCAGUAUGCUAAACAUGUACCAAGGUGUCCAAAAUGUAAUUGUUAAACUAAGUGCUAAGAAUUCCCAAAGAGAGUCUUACCUCCUGAUCAACAGUCAUUUCGACUCCAAGCCAGGCAGUCCAGGAUCUGGAGAUGAUGGGACCAUGGUUGUGGUAAUGCUGGAGGUCUUACGUCAGAUGUCGACAUCCGAUACGCCAUUUGAGAAUGGAAUAAUCUUUCUGUUCAAUGGAGCUGAAGAAAACGCCCUUCAGGGUGCCCAUGGCUUUAUUACGCAACACAAAUGGGCAGCGAAUUGCAAAGCCCUUAUAAACCUUGAAGUGGGUGGCAGCGGAGGACGCGAUCUCUUGUUUCAGAGUGGUCCCAAUAAUCCUUGGCUGAUGAAGUACUAUAGGCAAUAUGCAAAACACCCUUUCGCAACGACACUAGCCGAGGAAACCUGGCAGGCUGGUAUUAUCCCCUCUGAUACAGACUUCCGAAUUUUUCGCGAUUAUGGGAAUGUUCCUGGAUUGGACAUUGCCCAGGCUAAUAAUGGAUAUGUGUACCACACAGCCUUUGACACAUUUAAGGUGAUUCCUGGAGGAUCCAUACAGAAUACUGGUAACAAUAUUCUUGCCCUUGCGAGGGGGUAUGCGAAUGCCAGUGAAUUAUAUGAGAACGAGGAAUCUGAUAACAGCCAUGCAGUAUUUUUUGACUUCCUCGGUCUUUUCUUUGUGUACUAUACGGAAAGCACUGGUAUUAUUCUGAACUGCUGUAUUGGAGUGAUCAGUCUGGUUUUGGUUGGUUGUUCCCUUUGGAGAAUGUCCCGCCAGUCGGAGGUGACCCUGGUACAAACUUCGCUAUGGUUCCUGAUUGUCCUGGGACUGCACGUGGUAGGAGCUUUACUGUGCUUUUGCCUGCCAUUAUUAAUGGCUGUUCUUUUCGAUGCUGGAGAUCGAUCGCUGACUUACUUUACCAGCAAUUGGCUGGUUUUUGGCCUGUACGUAUUUCCCGCUAUCAUCGGACUAGUACUUCCAUUGACCCUGUACUAUACUCUAAGGCCCAAUGAUAAACUGAGCCAUGCUUACCUCAUCCAGAUGAGUUUGCACGCCCACUUCGUGGUUUUGGCCCUGCUCAUUCUCAUUUUAACCGCUGUUGGUAUCAGAUCUCAAUAUCUGUGCCUCAUAUCAUUGAUCUUCUACGGAGGUGCUCUCCUGAUAAAUCUGCUAAGCACAUUGCAUGAUCGCGGCUACUAUUGGUCCGAGAUUGUGGUACUUCUUCAAGUGUUUCCAUUCUGUUACUUUUGCUACCUAUUUUAUAUGGUGCUCGUAGUGUUCUUUCCGAUAACAGGAAGAAACGGAAUCGGUUCGAAUCCGGAUCUAAUAAUAGCGCUCUUGUGUGCUUUUUGUACAUACUUUGCUUUGGGAUUUGUUGCUCAAUUCAUAAACGUCUUCCGGUGGCCAAAGCUCAUUCUUCUCGGACUCGGAGUGGUUACGUUUAUUUUCUGCAUGAUCGCCCUUUCAGAGGUGGGCUUUCCCUAUCGUGCCGAAACAAAUGUGAUGCGAGUUACAUUCAUGCAAACUAAUCGCAUCUUCUACGACUACGAUGGCACGGUAAGUCAUAGUGAUUCAGGAUACUAUUUCGUAUAUCAGGAUAGACGCGGCUUAAAUCCGCUGGAUGACUCCGGUGUCAACCUGACUGGAUUGGUCUCCAUGGAACCUGACUGCGAUAAAUAUGUGAUGUGCGGGGCACCCUGCUUCUACUUUUGUGGAGGGGUUAGAAAUGCAGGUUGGCUGCCUCGCGAAGUUGUUAGUCCUGGGGAAAUAACCCUGGAGUUACUGGAAAAGACAAUCUUGGUCACAGACAAUAAAGUUCGUUUUGACUUUGAACUCACUGGACCGCCCCAUAUGAACAUUUUUAUCCAACCAGUGGGUGUUGCUAAUGUUACGAACUGGUCAUUUGAACGAAAGUUAUUAGAUGACCAGGAUACAUUCAAGCCACCUUAUUUUAUAUUUUUCUCAUAUGGAAAAGACGACAGUCCUUUGAAGUUUUAUAUUGAACUAGCGAAGUCCGACGGGGACUUUAGUAUUCCUAUCUUGGAACUUGGAGUAGUGGGACAUUUUGUCAGCUACGAUUUUAAAAGGGAUGCAGAGGCUGAGCAAUUUUUGGAGAACCUACCUAACUAUGUUCAUGCUAUGGAAUGGCCAUCAAUAUUUAAGGGAUACAUAUUCUAGCACUUUUAUAUAAAUCCAAAAACAUGUGUAAUAAAAUGUAAUAUUUGAGCAGACAGAUAUAUUUCUGAAAUAUAUUAAAUAUAUUUAGUGUCCAAAUGCUUUAUAUUGGCAUUUUAAAAUCUGUUCUAUCUUUCCAUAUUCUGCAAAUAAAAAAACAUUUACUUCCAGCAAAGAAAAUGUCACGAUACCCUACUUUUCGUUUCGUUUCUAUAGUUACUAUACCUACUACCUCUUUUAUAGUAAGUCUGGACUGGGCUUGGAAUUUUUAGUGCAGUUUUCCAUAUCGAUUCGAAAUGAACUGCUUGCCAAAACUCAUAAUAAUUAGGUGCUUUAUCUAGAUGUUAUCUUUUUACCGCAUUUGAUUUAGGUUUUAUAAAACCGAUGCAAAGUUUAUGGUGUCAUUUUGUUAUCUUUAUAAAGCAAUAAUAUUUCUGUUCAUGGGCCCUUGGUAUAUUUUGGUCUCAAUGGAAAGGCGCUUGGGAUGGAAAAAUAGUAUCGAUAAUAUUUUGGUUGUAAUCGUUAGACAUCAUAUUUAUAGGAUAAAGCUAACUUUGGAAAACUAAAAUUUGAUUUUCAAAAAACACAAUGGAGUUAAAGGAACAGAUGUUAAAUAGCACAAAUCUAUUUUAUUUAAAGUUUUAAUUAAUUUCUAACACUUUAAAAAUAAAUAAAU